AUGCCAGAACAUCGCGAAUCUUGGGAGAUCAAAGCCCAGAAGUGUCGUGACAUCUUAUCAGCAUCUCUGAAGCAGGAAUGGCUAUUACCCCAUGACAAGUUACCAUCGCCAGAUGAGCUUGAUGUUUCUGGAUUUAUAAAGAAAAGCAACGCACUCUCCGACGAUGAGUUAAAGAUCACGGAAAGCAGCGCUACUGAACUCAUUACGCGAAUGAGGACAGGGGAGUUAACGGCUCUAGCAACGGUGACAGCAUUCUUGAAACGCGCACAUAUCGGCCACCAACUCUUGAACUUUGCGACUGAGUUCUUGACUCAAGAAGCUCUCGCCCGUGCCGCUGAGCUGGACAAAAUAUUCUUGUCGACAGGGAAGCUGGUCGGCCCCUUGCAUGGGUUACCAAUUUCCUUGAAGGAACACAUUGGCCUGAAAGAUCGCAUCACAAAUGCGACCUACGUUGCUUUGAUUGACAACAUCACCACCGACGAUGCACUCCUUGUCAGGCUGCUCAAAACAGCCGGUGCCAUUCCGAUAGUCAGGACGAAUGGGCCGCAAAGUCUGAUGCAUGUUGAUUGCCACAAUCCCAUCUAUGGCGCAACAUUGAACCCUUACCAUAGACGUUUGACUCCCGGAGGCUCGAGUGGUGGGGAGGGUGCUUCGAUCGGGUUUCGCUGCGCAGUCAUGGGUGUUGGCACAGACAUCGGAGGAUCUGUCCGAGUUCCUGCCGGAUUCUGCGGCGUCUACGGGCUCCGCACAACCGCCCUUCGGAACCCAUAUAAAGGGGUUGUGCUUCCUGGACAGGGCCAAGAAAGCAUUCGUUGCGUUAUUUCACCACUUGCAAACAGUAUCGAGGACAUCAACUUAUUCCAAAGCGCCGUUCUUGAUCAGGAACCCUGGGAGGAGGAGACCUCUCUAACCCCUCUCCCAUGGAGAACAGUGGGCCCAUAUAAGCCACAAGACAUUAGAGUUGGAAUCAUGUGGGAUGAUGGACUCACUCGACCACAUCCGCCUGUCAGACGUGCUCUUCAGCAUGCAGCAGGCAGACUGCAAGAAGCAGGCGUCGAUGUUGUCGACUGGGAGCCAUAUGCACACGAUCUUGGAAUGGACAUGAUCACAGACCUGUAUUUUCCUGAUGCAGCACAGACCCAAUUGGAGCUCCUACAUGCUGGGGGCGAACCAAUCGAGCCACUGACAACAAACUCAUUUAGCUGGGCAAGACCAGAGGCAAUCACUGUGCGCGAAAAUUGGGAUCUCAAUGUACGACGGGAUACUUAUCGUGAAGAGUAUCAUCGCCUGAUGAAGGAGCGAGGGGUUGACUUUAUUCUUUGCCCAGUAAAUGUUGGGGUUGCCACCGAGCUUGGAAAAGGGCGAAACAUUCCAUAUACUGCCAUUUGGAACAUUCUUGAUCAGCCUGCAGUCAGUAUUCCCACCGGGCUCAAGCUUGAUCCGGAAAUCGAUAUGGUUGAACCCGACUAUACAUGUCGUUCUGCAGCUGAGGAGUAUGAGUAUAAGCGCUACGUGCCAGAACUUUUUGCAAAUGCUCCCAUAGGACUUCAAGUCGUGGGCAAGCAUUACAGAGAUGAAGAGACCGUGAUGGCAGCCGCGCUGAUCGCGAGCUUGGUGCAAGUUCAAUCGGACUGA